AUGAUGGCUGGUAAAGUCAUGGAGACAGAAGAACAGAACAGAAUAAGAUUUCAAGUGGAGUUGGAGUUUGUACAGUGCUUAGCUAAUCCUAAUUACAUACAUUUUUUAGCACAACGCGGGUACCUUAAAGAGCAGCCCUUCAUCAAUUACCUCAAGUACUUACAAUAUUGGCGUGAACCUGAGUAUGCUAGAUAUUUAAAAUAUCCAAUGUGUUUACAUUUUCUUGAAUUAUUACAACACGAGGCAUUUCGGAGAGAAUGUGUAUCAGCUCAGGUUUGCAAAUUUAUGGACGACCAAGCAAUUUUAUUAUGGCAACACUAUACCAGACGUCGUACGCGUACCUUACAACCGCCGGACGCUCCAGCGCCGCCCGCGCCUCCCGCACCCCCUCAGCAAGGACAACCAAGACAACAAUCAUGAAUCAAAAUGUAAACUGAACUACGUGCAAUCUCGAUACUGAAUUUUGCUAAAGGUCUACGAUCAGGGAUUUCCAAAGUGGCUGAUUUCGACUCCUUGCGAUCAAAAUGGUGUUUUUACGGGUCAACGAAACCCAUGAAGAUUUUAAGUUAGUGUAUUCUAGAGAUAGGAUUUUUAAACUAGGCAUUUUGUCUA